UUGAGUGGAAGUCUCAUUUCACCCAACAGAGGAACCAACCAGUUCUCUAAGGAAGAUGCACGGUGGAGUAAUUUGAGUGGUACUUCUCUGUCUGCAAGUCAGGCAGAACCCAACAGAGCGACUGUAACCAUGGCAGAGGAGGAGGUUAGCUACGCUUCGGUUGUAUUCAAAAGUAACCAACAUCCUCCACCUGAAGCUAAAAACGAGGAAACUGUGUACGAUGAAGUGAAGGCACAAAGUGAGACAAAGCAACCAACUGCUGACACAAAUGUCUCUGCAGACUUCUUGCUAGACAAGAAAGCAAACAGACGUCUCCAGGAUCAGCGGCUGGCCUGUUGUUUGGGAAUCCUUUGUGUCAUUCUGCUGUCGGUCAUCAUAGCAGGCGUGGUCUACUUUGCUACAGUAAGUCAUCAGAGUGAUGAAAGUGGGCUGAUGGCUGCCAAUAAUAACCUGACAAACCUCAUCAACAAACUCAGCUUAGACAAUGAAAAGACGAUGAGGGACAACAACAAUCUGACAGUCCAGUUGGACAACCUGACACAAAACUAUAAUGUCUUAGAAAGCAAGAUCACAAACCUGACUGCAGACGUCCAGAACCUGACAACACAAAACCAAAAGCUGGAGACACGAAACCAGCAGCUGGAGACCCAAAACCAGCAGCUGGAGACCCAGAGGAACAACUUAACAGAGCAAAUACGAGACCUGGAGACAAACUGGAAUAAACUCAACGUCAGUCGAGCUCAGUGGAGCAUUGAUGCCUACUGCCCCAAAACAACUAACGUGAGACAGUGUACAGCUUGUCAGAAUGGCUGGUUACCCAAAGACUCUAACUGCUAUGCGUAUAAUAACGCUGCUCCUCGUGAUCAGAAAACCUGGGAAGAAGCUCGACAAGACUGCAGAGGAAAGGGUUCAGAUCUGGUUGUUGUACACAGUCAAGAGGAAAAGGAUGCACUCAAUGAAUACAGCGCAGGUAGUUCAGGAACUGAUGGAUACUGGUUUGGUCUGAGAGCUGAAGGAGGGAGAUGGAAGUGGAUUGAUGGAAGUAAUCUGAAUGAAAGCUACUGGACACCACAGCCUCCUCCUCCUGCUGCUACUGACGGUCAGUGUGUAAUGUCUGUCAAGAACUAUAAAUGGAUAUCAGUGAGCUGUGCUGAUAGAAAACAAUGGAUCUGCAUAAAGAAGGCUUUAUCUGUUUAAACACAGCAGGCAGACUCUGCAUGAUAAUAUCAACUGGCUCAUAAAUAUCAAACUAUGAAGACUUCUACUUCACAAUU